AUGCAGGUGCGGUGGGCGGCGUGGGCGCUGGCGUGGUGCGCGUGCGCAGUGGCCGCGCCGGCCGAGCAGCGCACACCGCUCCCCACCGCCAGCGCCGCCGCCGCCACCCCCCUGUCGCCAGCCUCCGGACCUGCCGCGACCGUCUGCGAACCCCUCGUCUUAAAGAACACGCCGCCUAUGCCAUCAAAUGCUCGUGAGCACGAGGCGGCUGCAAUGCAUACGGCGCGUGCGCUGGUGGAAUUAGUGCAACAAGGCGUGGCGGACGAAGAACGCGCUGCAGCACUGGCCCGCGCAGCUACCCGCGCGCCCCUCUCCCCUCCACCCGCGGCCGUCGCGCUUGGAGCUCCACAGUUACAUCUCGGCGUCCUCUACAUAGCUGAACCACCUAAGCUCGUUGUCUUCCAACAAAACAACUCAAUAACUUUACGUCAGUUUUGGAGAACAUUGGCAUCAGCAUGGAAUGCCACUACAGCAGUGUGGUCGAAUGCGUGGUUCUCUUGUGAUAAAGAUGGUGAGGGCUGGUGGGGAGGUGUAGCAGCAGCUCGUGGCUCAGGACCUGCGAGAUCUGCUGCAGCUCUCUUCCGACGUUGGCCUGCUCUACCUUGUGAAGAGGCUAUGAACGACUGGCUGGGCGGGGCUCCUUUAUGCGAUCUUGCUACGACAGAUUGUGAAGCUACUCCAUCAUUUGGUUCUGGAGACCGCAAAAUAGAGUAUCGAUGCAAGUGUCAGGCAGAGCAUUGGAACUCCGGCGGUAGCGGAUGGCUGACUGGCGCUACAUUAAUAGCAGACGACUCUGGUCCUUUGACUUGCACACCUUGUGGCAUGGGCAGUGACUCCACUGCCUGCUUGACUGAUGCCCAUCGCGUUGCUGUGCUGGCUGGCAACGUGGGUGGCAUGCUACUCUGUCUUGUCACAGGAGUAAUUAUAUUCCACAAGAGAAAAUGUAAAGCGGUGGCAGUGGGAAUGUGGACAGUGUUAGAAGUUGUUCUUCUUGGUGCGUUUUUAAUGUAUGCUUCCGCGGCAUCCCAGUUCAUAUCGGUCGCGAAGUGGCGAUGUAUAGCAGGCGCGUGGUUGCGGGAACUUGGCUUUGUCGCGUGCUAUGGCUCCGUGGUGCUGCGACUCUGGGUGUUGCUCGCUGAGUUCCGCACUAGGAAAGCCCAUCGGUGGACGCCGCGGGAUUCAGAAGUUUUGCGAGUAGUUGGAGCGAUGGUGCUGGGCGCAGCGUGCUACUUGGCAGCGUUCACCGCCACAGCAGCGUGCGAGGAGGACGCCAGUGCGGGCUGCGCACGCGCUGCUUGGCAUCAUGUCACUGCUGGAGCAGAGUUGCUGCUACUAGCUGCGGGAUUACGCAUAGCGUAUGCUGCUAGGAACGCAAAUGUGCCAUUCCAGGAGCGAGGCUGGCUGGCAGCAGCGCUGUGCUGCGAGGGUCUGUGCGGGGUGUGGUGGCGCGGCGUGGCGUGGGGCGAGCCGGGCGCGGCGCCGGAGCGCUGGCCGCUGUCGGCGGCGGCGCGCGCGCAGCUGUCGGCGGGCGCGGCGCUGGCCUGCGUGCUGGCGCCUCGCCUGUGGCACGGCUACCGCGCGCGCUCGCUUGCUCAAGAGGUAUCGCGUCGAGGUCCCGCGGAGGGUUUCGGCGCGGAAGGCGAGGAGGAGCCCACCUCCGAGGAAGUUCGCGCCGAACUGAAAAGGUUGUACGUGCAGCUGGAGAUCUUACGGAACAAAACACUGCGCAGGGACAACCCACACAUCAGUAAGCGACGCGGCGGCAGGAAACCGCCGCAUCGACGAUUCUCCUUACAGAAAAAGGGCAGUCGUGAAAAGGCUCUACAGGCGCGGCGCGGCUGUAAGGGCAAGGCGGGCGGCAGCGCCAGCGUGGUGGAGGCCAGCGAGGCGGGCGACGCGUCGCGCACGCCCGAGGACUCGGUGUGCUCCGCCGAGGGCCCCAGCCACUACACCGACGCGGACACCCAGGCGUGA